AUGGACCACUGGGACAGGGAGGUUGGUGGGGUGCUCCUAGACAGAGACGAUGAGGCUUUUGGAAACGGAGUCUUCCAAGAGGAGGAGAGUGAUGCCAGUGCCCUCCAGCCCACUCCACUGCCCUUUCCAGAGCUGCGGCUGGUGGGGGGCCCCAGCCGCUGCCGAGGGCGCCUGGAGGUCAUGCACAGCGGUUCCUGGGGCAGUGUUUGCGAUGAUGACUGGGACGUUGUGGAUGCCAACGUGGUGUGUCGUCAGCUGGGCUGUGGCCUGGCACUGCCUGUGCCGCGGCCCCUCGCCUUUGGCCAAGGCCGAGGCCCCAUUUUCCUGGAUAACGUGGAGUGCCGGGGGCAGGAAGCUUCCCUGAGCGAGUGUGGCAGCAGGGGCUGGGGUGUCCACAACUGCUUUCACUAUGAAGAUGUGGCGGUCCUGUGUGAUGAAUUCUUACACACACAGCCCCAGACAAGGAAGAUGUUGACCAGUGUAGCACCCCCUACAGUCCUCCAAAAUGGGAAAGGUGAGGGCAGCGUGCGCCUGGUGGGCGGCGCGGGCCCGUGUCAAGGCCGAGUGGAGAUCCUGCAUGGUGGCCUGUGGGGCACCGUCUGCGACGAUGAUUGGGGGCUGCCCGAUGCUGCUGUCGUGUGCCGCCAACUGGGCUGUGGGGCCGCCCUGGCCGCCACCACUAAUGCCUUUUUCGGCUAUGGCACCGGGCAUAUCUUGCUGGACAACGUUCACUGCGAAGGUGGAGAGCCCCGCCUGGCAGCCUGCCAGAGCCUCGGCUGGGGCGUGCACAACUGUGGUCACCACGAAGACGCUGGGGCGCUCUGUGCAGUUCUGAGCCCUCCAACUUUCACAGCACUGCCUCCCUCUGCCACAAAAGAAGACUGGGCGUGGCACACUGAGCCAGCAGCUACAGGAGUGGGAGCCCUGCCUUCCAGGGAUACCGUGCGGUCCACCACGGCAGCCUGGGGCUCGGGGAAGAAAAGCGGUAGGCUGCGGCUGGUAGGCGGCCCGAGCCCGUGCCGCGGCCGCGUGGAGGUGCUGUACGCCGGGGGCUGGGGCACCGUGUGCGACGACGACUGGGACUUCGCGGACGCGCGCGUGGCCUGUCGCGAGGCGGGUUGCGGGCCCGCGCUAGGAGCCACGGGCCUCGGUCAUUUCGGCUACGGCCGAGGCCCCGUGCUGCUGGACAACGUAGGCUGCACCGGUACCGAGGCCCGCCUCAGCGACUGCUUCCACCUGGGCUGGGGCCAGCACAACUGCGGCCAUCACGAAGACGCCGGGGCAUUGUGCGCAGGCCCAGAGGAGCUGGGACUCCAAGUCCAGCAGGAUGGUUCUGAGACCACCCGAAUGCCCAGUCCUCGACCCAGAGAUGGGCACCUCCGCCUGGCUAGUGGAACCCACCGAUGUGAGGGGCGUGUAGAGCUCUUCCUAGGACAGCGGUGGGGCACUGUUUGCGAUGACGCCUGGGACCUACGGGCAGCCAUCGUCCUGUGCCGUCAGCUGGGAUGUGGCCAGGCUCUGGCAGCCCCUGGCGAGGCCCACUUUGGCCCAGGCCGAGGCCCCAUCCUCUUGGACAAUGUCAAAUGCCGAGGAGAUGAGAGCACCUUGCUACUCUGCUCUCAUAUCCGCUGGGAUGUCCACAACUGUGACCACAGCGAGGAUGCCAGUGUCCUGUGCCAGCCAUUGUGACCCAGCGGGCUCUGCACUCCAUAGCAUAUCAAAGGAGCCUGUGGGGGCUGCCCCUCCUUUUCCAGGAUACCCUCCUGUGGUUUCUGCAGUUCCUGGUGCCCCUCUCUCCCCUCGCAUGGAGGAGCUGCACUGCAGUACCCCCAACCCCCAUCCUCUUACUGUGUGGUCUCAGACGGUUGUCACCUGCUCUGAGGCCCAGUCCAGUGAACAUGGCAAUGUUUUGCUCAGCCAAAACAGAUGUGGGAGAAUGACUCACCUCCUCUCUAUUGGGGGAACUCCUACAUAGUACUCCCAACCAUUCUCUCCACCCGUAUUCAUGAGGCUUGGGUUCUCUCUAAAUACCCUCCAACCCUUCUAAUGACCUAUUUUGGUCUCCCCGCAAAAAGAGGGGAGGCCGAAGGGGUUGGGCUGUUCUUUCUAUAGACUGACAGGACUGCAGAAGGUCCUAGGUCAUUACCUUCCCUGCUGGGUGAGGACCUGGACCCAGAUGGUGCUGGGCUGAACAAGGGGGCUGCAGGGGCCAAGGCAGGGACAGGAGGAGCCCUUCCUGCAGCACCUCCGAUUUCCACUGCCCCCGGGCACAGAGCCUCCGCCUUGCUGUAGCAAAGAAGCCUGGAGGCCUGUGGCCAUGUUCAUAGGUGCCAAGUCAAUAAAGCAUUAUCCCCUGGUCUUUUAACUGA